AAAAAGUCUAAUUUUAUUGAUUUUUGAGGUGCAGGGAGCUAAACUGUAUAAUUACUAUGUCAUAUCUACUUGCUUCCGAUCUAUUUAUCAUUUGACAAUAUGAUGCCAAAUAUGGAUAUAUAUGACAGUUUAUACUUAUAUGCCACUCCAGAGAAGUUUUUCGUGGAAUCAGUUGGAACUAAAGUCCUACUAGUAGUCGAUAGAGUGAGUCAGCAGAUCUAUACUCAAGUCGGCACUGCUAAUCAGAUUCCAACAACUGCCAGCCGUAGAAAAAUAUGGGGACUGGUAGGAACUAUACAUCUCUUGGCAUGUCGUUACCUUAUUGUUGUUACGGAUGCUCAGAUGUGUGGGACUAUAGCUGGGCAUAACAUCUUUAAAAUAUCUUCAACAGAUGUGAUACCCUAUACUAGGUCCUUUUUGCAUUUGACUGAGAAACAGGUCCAAAAUAAUUCUACAUACCUGGAGAUGGUAAAAUCUGUCUUAAACACACCAUACUUUUACUUCAGUUAUACCUAUGACCUCAGUCAUACUAUGCAGAGGCUGCAUAACACAACACCUGAAUUCUUGCAAAUGCCACUUCAUGACAGAGCAGAUCCCAGGUUCGUAUGGAACGCGUAUCUUCUGCAGGACCUAAGCGCAAGACCAGAGCAAUACAAAUUUUGUUUACCUAUCAUUCAUGGCUUCAUCUCACUAAACACAGUGGUUGUAAAUGGCGUUGCAUUCAAUUGGGGUAUUGUCUCUAGACGUGGUAUACAUCGUGCUGGAACAAGAUUAUUUUCACGUGGUAUAGAUGCCACUGGGAAUGUAUCCAAUUAUGUAGAGACAGAGCAGCUGAUCGAGGUGAAUGGCAAUUGCAGUUCCUUCGUGCAAACGCGUGGAUCCAUUCCUCUGUUUUGGUGUCAAGCACCAAACUUGAAGUACAAGCCAAAGCCGCAGAUUAGUCCACACGAGGAUCAUCAAAGCGCUUGUGCUCGUCACUUUGAUGUCCAAAUCUUUCAUUAUGGAAAGCAAAUUUUAGUGAAUUUGAUUGAUCAACGUGGACCAGAAGCAUUGCUAGAAAACGCAUAUCGUAAUUUAGUGCAAAGAAUUAACAACCAAAAUAUUCGAUAUGAAGCUUUUGAUUUUCAUGCGGAAUGCAGAAGACUGAGAUGGGACAAAUUGAACACUUUAAUGGACCGAUUAGCACAUGAUCAAGAACAGAUGGGAUAUUUCUUAUUAAUGAGAGACGGAGCAUUGCUUUUGGCUCAAGAUGGUGUUUUCCGGACAAAUUGUAUCGACUGUUUAGACCGAACAAAUGUUGUACAAAGCAUGCUAGCGAAGCGAGUUCUUAACGAAGUAUUGAGCAGGUUAGAGAUACUUAGAAAGGUGGAAGAUCAUCCUGCAUUUGAAAAUCUUUUCAAACAGAUUUGGGCGGAUAACGCAGAUGUAAUAAGCAUCCAAUAUUCAGGUACAGGGGCAUUGAAAACUGACUUUACGCGAACUGGAAAACGUACUAAAUUGGGUGCGAUGAAAGACGGUUUAAAUUCUCUGACGAGAUAUUACAAGAACAAUUUCGCCGAUGGAUAUAGACAGGAUUCGUUGGAGCUCUUUCUAGGUCGUUACAUCGUCCAAGAUGGCGAAUGUACUUCCAUUCAAUGUCCCUUAGAAUCCGAACGAAAUUGGCGUUAUGCUACAUUCCCACUUGUUCUUUUAGUCGCGUCCUCAAUGUUGGUCGCUCACAUAAUCUUACCAUCGCGAUACACAACAGAAAUAUUACUCUAUAUGCUAUUCUGGGGCGCCAUGGUGGCCGGCACCUUUGCCACCAUUAUCCAUCAUGGCAAACAAUAUGUCGAUAAGCCAAAAUUACUUUAGAAUUAAUUAAUGAUUUUAUAAAAUUUAAAUUAUAUAUAUUGUACAAUAUGGAUAACCAAUGGCGAUAAGUAACUGUAGAUCAUGUAUUAGUUUUGCACCAUUAUCAAUUGAUCAUCAACAGUUAUCAAUUGAUAUUUCAGUUUUUGUUUCGCGGCACAAAAAUAGAUUUCAUCAUGCGACAACUGAUUAACAACGGCUAUUUUCACAAAAUUAAUUUAUGUUAAUUCAUGUUGAUUUAUGAAGAGUUCUGUUCACAUUUUACAGUUACAAUCACAAGCAGUUGCAUCUGUCAAAUAAGUAUAAUACUUUUAUUUUAAUAUAAAGUUGAUAGAGAGAGGGAAGGGGGAAGACGGUGUCCAUUACAAAUUAUUACAAUGAAAUUUGCACUUUUCGCAUAGAGCAUAGUGGAGUCUAUUCUCGCGAAUGACAUUCGUUCCUUAAGAUUCGCUUGACAUUUUGCAACAAGCUUUUCUGACAUAUUGUAAAAGAUUAAGUCAUUAAUCUCUGGUAGGAUAAGCAGUAAGGCAGCCUGAAAAUCCUCAAAUAAGAGAUUGGACAUGAGAAUUUGGUGUGCUAUAUGUUUCAGGACCUGCUUAAGAUAAAAUGGAAUAUACACCCAUCUCAUUCUAUCUCAUAGGCUUUCUACAAUAAGUUAUUACCUAAGCUUUAAGUCUUAAAAGCCAUAAGAAAUUGAUCAAUUAUUCUUUUCAUAUUCAACCUUGGUUGGUCAAUUUCUUACAGUUUAGAAAUAAUGACUUGUAGACUAUAAUAAUGAUUAUUGUAGAAAGCCUAUUAUAGUGUAGUAAUUAUAGUGUUUUAGAAAGCUCUCGAGAUAAGCUACAAGAAUAUGUAAUGAAAAAGGAGGAAAUUCCAUUUAAAAAAUUCAUGUUGAUCUUGACCUGACUUUGACAACGUCAUUCUAGAUCAAAUAACUACUAUCGUUGAAUGCAUCGUUUAUGAGAUAUUUGGAUGUAUCCAAACUUUUGGCCCACCCUGUAUAUCACAUUCUAUCUUAAUGAUCUUUAAAAAUAUGGUGGAUCAAUAAAAAUUGUCUAAACUGUGUCCAAGCUCUUACUUAAGGAUCUCUAACAGACAUAAACAGGGCUAAGUGAUCGUGUUAGAUACUCACCGUCCAUAGAUAACCUGAGAUAAGCAUGAGAAUGGUUUCCAGUUCAGAAUUGAGAGAAUUCAUGGAAUCCUUUUGGAUCUUUUGUUACAUUUUUUUUGUAGAAGUUUAAAAUAAUUAUUUUCCUCACGGUGGAUGUUUUUUUAGAAAUAUACUCUACACACAAACUUUUAUCUUAUAAUUAUUUAUAUUAUAAUGAACAUUAUUUUGACGCUUUUUAUGCUUUCACUGUUAUCUUUAAAGAUACCAAAAGAUUUGUGGGUUAUCGCUGUGUUUUUGUCCAUUACUAAUGCCAACGUUUCGUGAACUUUACCGUUCACUUCAUCAGUGCGAGGAGCACACUGAUACUUAACUGCUCCUCCGGAAAACUUUUUGUAGACUCUGUAGAAGGGAAUGAGGGUAUAUUGGAAAAGGGGGAGGUCUUCCUUGUCAUAUAGAAUCACUUUUCACAAACGUCCCAAUAAAAGAAAUCCUAAAUAUAAUUAAAACCUCACAUAAUGUCCCCAAUAACAUCAUCCCAUUUAAUUGCCUAAUGAUCACAUAUUUUUCCUACAAUAAUUCAACUCCUAUAAUAUAAUAAUUCCUACACACUUAACUAAUUCUACAAACAGAUGUCUGGAGCGGCUAUGAGCUCUCCCAUCUCUUCUGUAAUUGCAUACAUGUUCAUGAAGCACUUGAAGAAUAGAUCCUUUGUAAGGCGAUCAAUAAACUAAAAAUUGGUUUCAUUAUGUAGAUGACACUUUCGUAAUCUGGAGAUAUGGUAGUGAUGAAUUUCACAAAUUCUUGAACUUCCUCAACAACCAACAUCCUAAUAUUCCAUUCUUCAUGGACAAGAGAAUGAUAAGCUUCCCUUGGAUGUUCUUGUCACAAAGAAGGCUGACAAUAUUUGGGCCAUGAAGUAUACAGGAAGCCAAUACACAGAUACUUAUAUGCCAAGUUGCACCAUCAUCCAACACAAAAACAGUGGCAAUACAUUUACUUAUACAUGGAGCAUUCAGUAUCUCUGAUGAAAAAACAUCUACAAACAGAACUCAACUAUUUGAAACAAACCUUACAGCGGAAUGCAGCGGAUGCAAUAAGAAAAAAGUGGACAGGACAAUCAGCAAACAUAGAAGCGGGGCAAACAACUUGGACACACAAUCACAAGAAGAGUUAAACAAAAGAAGCCUUUCCAUUUUUCCAUAUGUAAAAGGAACAACAGACCGAAUCGACAUUUUGAACAAACACAACAUCCAAACCAUUUUCAAGCCUCCAAGAAAGCUCGAGCAAAUCUUGAGAAAUCCUAAAGACGCAUAAAGGGUCAACGGGCUGAAACAUACCACACAAUCAGCAUUGGCAGAACAUAGUGUUGAGAUAGGACAUCAAAUAUUCGACAAAACGAUUACUAGCUACAACAACGUCAUAUUUCCUAAAGAAAUACAGAGGUCCUAGAAAUACAAAAACAUCCAGAUAAUUUGAACAAAGACUCAGGUUAUAAUGUAAAUAGGAUAUGAAAGAUUGCUCUCUUGACAAGUCAAGAAAGACCUCCUCCUUCCCCAACAUAUCCUUACCCCUCUCUACAGCGUCUACAGAGUGUUUCCUGGAGCAGCAGCUCAUUAUCAGUGUGCUCCUCGUCCUAAUAGAAGU